GACAGCUCUGCCCGGGGAGCGGGGACAGCCGGCGCUUCACUCGCUCAGCCUCUUUGCCAUCACCGCCCCUGUGCUGGGAGCACAGACGGGAAUCCCGGUGGGUGAACACUAACGCGGUAGGGAGCCGAGGCAGGGAGGUCUAGAGCAGAUACCAGGAGAGGUUUUACAGGCAGAGAGAGGGUGGUGGAGCUGUGGAACAGGCUCCCCAGGGAUGUGGUCACAGCACCUGUCUGAGUUCAACAAACAUUUGGACAAUGCUCUCGGGCACAUAGUGGGGUUCUUGGGGUGUCCUGCAUAGGGCCAGGAGUGGGACUCAGUGGGGGUUAUGGGACAGAGAGAAGAGCUAGGUGUGGGAGUGGGGCUGGCAUGGGAACUGUGGGGCCACUGGGCUGUGCUGGGAAGAGGCCAGUGAGGGGUGGAUGGAUGUUGCACAAGCUGAUCCCUCAUUCCUUGGGAAUGCUGCGGUGCUUCCCGGGCUGUCAUCACCCGGUGAGAACACACUGUGGGCAGCAUGGCAAGGCCACCAUCUCCAUGGGGCUCCUUCCCAAGGGCAGGCCAGCAGCCGUGCUUUGGGGCUCACUGUACCCACGGGGCCCCAAAAACGCUGUGGGGCCUGCUCUGCACUUCCUCUGUCACCGGAAACAAGCCGUGCACCAAUGUGUCCCUGUCACCGUGCCUUGUCUUCAGAGCCACCUGGGCUCGGUGCUACCAGCCCGUGCUGGCCCACAGGAGUGUCGUGACUCUCCCCACACCACCUGGGGCUGUCUGAGGUGGGCAUGGUGCUGCCAGCCGGGGCUGCUUCAGCCGGCUGCUCGGGCUGGAGAUGGAGCCCAGCCUGCUGAGAAGGUCUGGCAGGGCACUGGGAGCCAGCUGGGACUACCCUGCAAGCUGGGCCUUUGGGAUGAAACUCUUUUCCUGGUAGAGUUUGCAAUGAGCCCUGAGUGCUGGCUUGAUCUGUCAAGAGAAUUUAUCCUAAACCCUCACUCCUUUUGGGUUUGAUCCACGGCAAUUUGUGCCGUCCUGAUAAGCGCGCACAAACAAAGUUGUCCUGUUGGUCCCAGAGCCAGCUGGUCCCCAGGCAGGAGCCAAGCUGAGCCCCUGUGGCCACGCACACCCACCCCACGGCUGUGUGGAGGGGCUGGGGGUCCCCCUGGCCUUGCAGGCAGGGCAGAAAGCCCCAGCCCUGCUCAGCUCACAGAGAAGGGGCUGCGGAAGCGCUGCCUUAUCUGCCCAUGCCACACAUGGCUUCACCCUGCGCUCUCCUUCCUGCUGCCCCCACCAGGGAGGAAGUGUGGAAGCCUUCUUCUGCUCAAGAUGAGACAUCAAAGAAAACUCUGAUGUUCAACUGAUAUUUCAGAGUUUCUUUUGCCUCUGCUUAGAGGAAGGUGUUUUUGCCAAGGGUGAUCACCCAAGGGUCAUUAAUACCUUCCUGUAGCUGUAGCUCCCAGCAGAGUCACAGCAUUGUACCCUGGAUACUGCACUUCCUCCAGCAGCUGGAGCAGUUGUUGCUCCCCUGCUUCACAUGGUUCACCCAGAAUGCUGGAGCAGAGGAGCAGCCACCAGACACCUCCAUGGUCCUGGUGUGACCGGUCAGGGACUGCCCACAGCACUGCUGGACACCUUCCCAAACGGUUGGGCUGCACUCAGCAGGAGUGGGGUCUGGCCAGCAGCAGCAGGGUGGGGCUGGAGGUGCUGGCAGUGGGGGACAGCAGGAUGGCCGGCGGGGUGACAGCUCCUGUGUCCCCACAGGUGUGUGGAGGCCCUGCUGGUGUACUGCUGGUCAGGGAGGGAGGAGGAGCCCUACGUCACCAUCACCCGCAAGCGGCGGCUGCAGAAGGGCUACGAGGUGGAGAUGGAGCAGGAGGUGGGGCACUCGGAGCGCAGGCUGGCCACGCACCGCAACGCCUUCAAGCGCAUGGCGGUCAUCCAGGCCUUCCUGGGCUCCACCCCGCAGCUCACCCUGCAGCUCUACAUCAGCGUCCUGGAGAAGUACGUCCCUGUGGCCCGAGCCGUCCUCAUGGCCAUCUGCCUGGUGUCAGUCACCUACGGAGCGCUGGUCUGCAACAUCCUGGCCAUCCAGGUCAAGUACGAUGACUACAAGGUCCAGCUGCGGCCACUGGCCUUCCUGUGCAUUGUGCUGUGGCGCAGCCUGGAGAUCUCCACCCGCAUCGCCGUCCUCGUGCUCUUCAGCACCGUCUUCAAGCACUGGAUCAUCCCCAUCGCCCUGGCCAACCUCCUGGUGGUCUUCUUCCUGCCCUGGGUGCAGUUCUGGCGCAGCGGCAGCCGCCUGCCUGACAACAUCGAGAAGAACUUCAGCCGCCUGGGCACGGUGGUGGUGCUCUGUGCCUUCACCCUCCUCUACUCCAGCAUCAACAUGUUCUGCUGGUCGGCCGUGCAGCUCAAGCUGGCUGACCGGGACCUCAUCGACAAGUCGCAGAACUGGGGCCGCCUGGCCGUGUACUACGUGGCCCGGCUGGCGGAGAACACGGCCCUCGUCAUCCUCUGGUACUUCUUCAAGACUGAUGUCUAUGAGAACGUCUGCACCGCCCUGCUGGUGCUGCAGCUGCUCCUUGGCUACUGCCUGGGCAUCUACUUCAUGCUCCUCUUCUUCCAGUACCUGCACCCCUGCCGCCAGCUCUUCCGGCACAACGUCGCUGACUUCCUGCACUGCGUGUGCUGCCGCCGGCACGCGGCAGGGACCCCUCUGUGCCUCGAGGCGCCCUUCGAGCCGGGCGUCAGGCACAGCAUUGUCUGAGCGCCCGGCUCCUCCGGCCAGCUAUGGACACGGGGAUGGGCAGCGCAGGGCUGCGCCGGCAGCCGGGGGAUGCCUGUGGCACAGGCCAAGUGCCACGCUCCUGCGGUGGCAGCGGGUCCCGGUGCAUCCCCACGGUGGCAGGGGGGUGCUUGCCCGCUCAGGACCACUCAUGAACACGAAGGAGGGUUGAUUUGGAUUGGACAUAAGGAAGUUCUUUACAAUGAGAGUGGUGAGGGAUGGGCACACGUUGCCCAGAGAGAUGGUGGAUGUCCCUUUCCUGAAAACACUUGAGGCCGGGUUGGAUGGGCUCUGAGCAACCUGGCCUAGUUGAAGAUGUCCCUGCCCAUGUCUGGAGCUGAACUCGAUGGCCUUUAGAGGUCCCUCCCAACCCAAACUAUUCUACGGUUCUACAGUUCUGUGACUUACGGGGUGCCCCAAGCAGUUGCCCCUGCAGGCUGGCUGUCCCUGGGGUGCCCCCACUGCUGCUAUGGUGACAGGGUGACCUCGGGCCGUGGGUGCCACUGGGACUGUUUUAAGCAGUAAAGAAACGUUGCUGUG